UUUUUAUUAAUAACGAAUGUGUCAGAAAUUACACCAAAUACGUUUUUAUAGUUUAUGCAUUUUUCGGUGUUUACAUGCAUAAAGUUGUUGUGGUCUAAAUCAUAAUCCUUUUUUUGCCUCGAUCGUUCUUCGGUUAUGUAAAAACCCCAGCUAAUAAAACUAAAAAAAUUGCUAUAGUCAUUCAAAUUCAGGGAUUUAAUAUAUCAAAAUCAACAAAAAUUAUUAUUUUAAUUUCGUAAAUAAUUUUGUAUCAAACAAAUGACCAUUCGUUAAAACUGAUGAUUAAAAUGUCACCUUAAAAUACAACCCUGUACUUGUAAUGGCAACUGCAUCCAACUUCACAUUAUAAUGUAGAGAGGAAUUUGAUUUUGUUUUUAAAUCUUAAUAAAAAGAACAUUUUGUGAAAAAUUUAGUUUCUUUGCAAUAAAAUUUUGAAUUAAAACGAAAAUAAAUGUCUUUUCAUUUUCCGCGACGUGUUAAAGACUUACCUAAAUUAGAACUAGAUUCUGAAGAUGAGUUCAACACACCUUGUAAAAAGAAAAUUACCAAUGAAGAUGCACAGAAAAAGCAGAAUGAAUCUAAUAAAGAAAAUGCUGAAAAAAACAAUUCUGGGUCAACAAAUUCGUUUAAUAGUUUACGAAUGUUACCCAAAAGAAGAGCCGAGCUUCCCACACUAGAAUCAGAUUCUGAGGAGGAAGAUGUUGCAAAGAAGGACAAUCUUAAUUGUGCUAUACUUAAUGAUUCUUUUCUGGUAAGCCCUGGGAAAAGUGAUAGAGAAGAUGCUAGUUCUAAGGAAUCAUCUGCCAUCAAAAGCAAUUCCAAUAAUACUAGCAAUGAUAUUUCGUUGUUGUCCCGUUUUAAUGACAUGGGCUUAAAGAGUCCCUCAAAAGAUAAUAUACAGCCCGUUAAACAAUUACAAGAUUUCUAUGAUAAUAACAAUGUUAACCAAAAAGACGCAGCAAUGGAUAAAAAUAUUCCACCAUCGCAAACUAAGAAUAACACCACCGCAAUAGAUAAUCAAUUUGCUACUCCGCAGAUCAGAUCGUUUUCAGUUCAGAGACGACCUCGUGAUUUGUGUUCAACUCAAUCACAAAAAACGAAAUCGGCUAUUGUCAAUGAGUUUCGUACACAAAAAGUGUUAUUUCAAACUCCAAUGGCCAUAUCACGGGCUCCAAUAAUGCAAAACGACAGUAUAUCGCUUUCCCUAUGUGAUACUAUCAAUGAAGGUGGAACACCAUCGACGGCAGAAAAAACCCCCCAGUGUACAAAUGAAAAACAAACUAAAGAUGGAGCUCGAUCUAAGAAAUCAUUAGAAGGUGCCUUCCUUGAAGCUAGCAAAGAACAAAAUGAGAAAAGCAAUGAUACGUCUAGAAACUCUGCAAUUACAACGAAAGACAAAACCACUGUGGUAACUAUUAACAAUGCAAGUUAUAUUAUUAUACAAAAAUUAGGCUGUGGAGGUUCCAGUUCUGUAUAUCUGGCUAAAAGAAAAGAUACAUCUAAAGAAUGCGCCUUAAAGGUGGUUGAUCUGCAAGGUGAUCCUGCUGUUGUAGAAGGAUAUUUGAACGAAACAAAAUUGCUGGCUAAACUUCAAGGAAAUGUAUGCGUAGUUUCGCUCUACGAGUAUCAAUUAUUGCAAAAAGAAUCAAAACUUUUUCUAGUGAUGGAAAAGGGAGACUCUGAUUUACAUAAAAUUUUACAAAGUUAUACCACCAAUUUGCCUUUAUAUGUUCUUACAAACUUCUUAUAUCAAAUGCUACAAGCAGUUAAUUAUAUUCAUCAAAAUGGUGUGAUACAUUCGGAUCUAAAACCGGCCAACUUUUUAAUGGUCAACGGACGUUUAAAACUAAUCGAUUUUGGUAUCGCCAGCAAUAUAGCCAUUGAUUCAACUAGCAUAAUAAAAUUUUCACAGGCAGGCACGUUUAAUUAUAUAAGUCCAGAAGCUCUGACGGACACAUCCACGGGCAGCAGUCCUAUGCGCAGUAAUCAACCGAAAAUAAAGAUCUCUACAAAGUCCGACGUCUGGUCACUGGGUUGUAUAUUAUAUUUGCUGCUAUAUCAAAAGACGCCCUUUGGACAUAUAAAAAAUCUUUACACCAAAAUAUCUGCUAUUUGUAGCCCAACACAAACAAUUGAAUAUGGCCCUCUUCCGCCAUAUUAUCCUGCCAUGCUGGUUCAUAUGGCGAAAAAUUGCUUGCAACACAACCCAAAACAGCGCCCAUCAUGUGCCGAGUUAUUAAAAUAUCCCUUUAAUAUGAUAAUACCGAUACAGAAUCUGUCAUUACCAACAAAAUAAUUACGAUUUAAUAAGUUUAUAACAUAAUCAUUUAGUGCAUUUAACAUUUAAUUACGUUAUAGAAUAAACAUUUUGCAUACAUAUGAUGAAAAUAUAUUUUUAAAAUUUGUAUUUUAAGAUAGAUCAAUAAGAAUAUUUCCGUUUCGUUUAAUAAAAAUAAUUGUAAUAUAGAGGUAUGGCUCAAAAA